AUGGAGCAGAGCGCGGCCGCUCUUGCGCUGAGGCGAGGGGCGGCCGAGGUCGCGAGGCGGGAGCCCCGCCGCGAGUGCCCCCGCCGCCCACGGGCCGCGGCGGCCGCCGCCGCGGCGGGCCUCGCCGGGCUCGCGGGCUACCUGUGGUACUCCCGGCCGCUGCUCCCGCGCGGGGGCCUGGCGAACGCAGCCGCCCUGGCGAGCGCCGACACGGAGGAGCUGUGGACCCACUCCGAGGUCGAGACCUAUGGCGACUCGUGGGGUCGCCAGCCAGCGGCGCCGCCGGCGGGGACUGCGCCAUCUGGCCCUGCGGAGGCCGAGCAGCGCAUCCAGGCGGAGCUCCAAGCGGCAGACAGCAGCUGCCUCCGCAGCCUCGCAGUCCGCGGUGUCGCGGCCUCGUUCGGCUCCCUCUCGGCGGAGAUCGACGUCAAGAUCAAGCCGCAAGCGGAGCGCAUUGACAAGCAUCGGCAGGACAUCGCGGCGAUCAAUGAAACCACGGCCAAGCUCGAGGCAGACAACAGCCAGAUGCGCGCGCAGGUCCGCGCGAUGCAGGCUACCUUGGCGCAGGUGGACGAGCUCGGCCGCAGUGACGACACUGACAUGCUCCGCAUCGCCAGCUGGGUGGUCACCCAGUCUCACCUGCUGGAGGGCAUGGCGGCAUGGCUCGAGGCAGCGGGAAUCCAGCGCGACCAGAUCAAGAUCAACAAGCACGAGCCUACAAAGAUGUUCCACGUCUACGUGCCCGAGGGCGUGGAGGGCAAGACGCGAGCGCUGGCGCUCGCCAAGCACCCCAAGCUGCUCGAGAUCCAGACGAAGAAGCUCCUGGGCCUCUGCCAGAAGGCCAAGGAGGGCGACUGGCGAAUGCAGCGCAACAUCGGCAUGGUUCACGGGUUCCACAUGACGCUGCAGAACCUGAUCAACCGAAUAGUCUACAACUACAAGGUCUAUUUCAGUGGCACCGAUGUUGUCGGUGCGGGCGGAGCGGCAACGUUCAUCCCGAUAGUAGAUUACAUUGUGCUGAAGCAGGUCAGCAACAAGCAGAUUUGGAUCAAUCUUGCCGCGUGCGACUUGGAGACGGUCUCAGUCCGCGCGAAGUGGCAGAUGACUUGGCUGCGAACUGUCUGGCGCCGGGAUCGCCGCCUCGCAUGCAGGCUGGGCGCCGACGCCACCACGGGCGCGCAGCACCUGAUCAUCUCCGACAGGGAGGUGCAGCCGCGCGGCGACGCGACCUCCGAGGUCGAGGUGCUCGCCUGCAACGAGGCGAGCGACAGGGCCCGCCGCCUGGCGACGGCCGGCCUGCAGCACCCCGCGGCCAGGCGGCCGACCCUCCACGGCACCGGCGGGGACCUCUCGAGGCCACAAGUCGAGGAGGGCGUGGAGGUCGGCAGCCACGUCAUCUGCCGACUGAAGACCGGCUGGGUGAACAACGCGUACGUCUACGGCCGCGUCACCAGGCUGGACCCCAUCGAGGUCCUUGGCUGCGAGGGCCGCACGCUCCCUGUGGAGAACCUCGCCUGGGUCAUGCUCUCGCAGGACCUGGACGACGGCUGGCUUGCCCCGUACGACCUCGGCUGGCAGAAGCCGGGCCGUUACGUGUUGAUGCAACUGCUGACGCGCGAGUGGGUCUCGGCCCGGAUCUCGUCGUGGCACAAGGCCCAGCCCAUCAGGACGGGCAGGUUGAUGCUACAGCUCGAGGGCGUGCCCUCGCUGGAGGAGGUCUGCAUCGAGGAUGACGUGGCCCUGCUGCUCGUGCCCCACGACGAUUGCCAGGAGGAGUUCGGGCACGCCCAGCCGCAGCGCGGCGGCUGGCUGUCGGACCACAUCAACGCCGCCUUCGAGCUCGACACGCCCUCGCAGGGUGAGACACAGGCGGAAGCCGAGCACAAGCAGAGGCUCCGGUGGGUGGAGACCUCCCGCACCGACGGGCAGUACCCGAUCCGUUCCGUGUGGGUUCACCCGUCGAUCAAAGGCGGGGCCCUCAACGAGUUCGCGCGGCGGUCGAGGCAGAAGAAGGCGGAGAGCCCGGGGGACAUCAAGCCAGAGGUGGUCAUGCUGCUCGGGCCCCCGGCCGCGGGCAAGAGCUCCAUCAGCCGGCUGAAGGCGGACCAGUUGUCCAAGGAUCUGGUGAAGACGGCCCAGUCCCUGCAGUACCGCGAGGAGGUCAACAACGACAACCUCACGGACUGCAUGCCGGGCUUCUCCGACGAGUACAAGCACGUGCUGUCGAUCAAGGCGAAGCAGAAGACCGGCAAGUCCCUGUGGAAGAAGGCCACCACCGGCGUGAAGGUUGGGAAGGUCGGGGACAGGAAGCCCAACUCGAACAGCGCCGCCAUGUGGCAGUGGCUCAAGAUCUCGAUAGAGGAGGAAUCUGUCGGCGGAGCUGUGGGCGCUGCAGUGGCUGACCUACCUCGUGUACCACCACGGGCCCGUUCGCGACUCCCUCGCGCUGGACAUCAUCAAGGUCACCGUGACAGACGCCCACGAGCUCCCCGUGUACUACUCCUCGUGCAUGGCGGGCAAGGCGAUGGGGCGUGCCAUGAUGAUUCUGGACCUGGCCCACUCGGAGACGAAGCCCAUCGCGCACAAGCUGCUCCCCUUCCGCGGCUUCUGGCCCUACACCUCGCAGGAGAGGCCCGGUUCGACAGGCAGGCGGGCAGGGCCAGGAAGGAGCAGGAGGAGGGGAAGCUGCUGGGCGGGAACCUCACGUCGAACCUCGUGGACAUCCACUACCACGCGCAGCAGGCGGAGACCAACAUCACGAAGCUGCUCGGCUGCCUCCGGAAGGGAGUCAGGGCAACCGACAGCAGUUCCUCGUCGUCCGACGAAGAGGGCUGCUGUUCCAAGGGGGAGCGCGCGAGCUCAAAGGAGGUCGCGGAGGGCGUCCGGCAGAAAACCCACGUAAAAGUCGACCAUUUCUUAGUCAUCGACAACGAGGGAAAGGAGCCCAAGGUGCUCAUCGAUUUUUCCAGCGAGUCUGGGAGCAUCGACGUCGAGAAUAUCAAGCGGGAGCUCAAGGCGGCUGUAGAGAAGGCCGCGACGAGCAGCCGCCUGUUCGAGAAGGAGUGGGACGCAUUCGACCCCUACCUCUUCCGG